UGUCUGCUCUCGAAAUGCUUUUUCAGGUUUUUACCCGAAACACGUGAGUCUCCACCACUCCCUCGACAAUCAAGAUUCUUGGGGUCGAGCGAGGGAGAUGGGGUGAUGCAGUAAAAGUCUUUCACUCUGACUGACACUGCACCAGCUUUUGGAAAACGUAUGGUGACUGUUGGACUUGGCAAAACGCACGCAGCAUCAGCGCAUUGCACCUUCUCUUUCCGAGGAGGAGGAGGAAGAAGAAGCGGAUGGCUUUGAUGGAGUCACCUUUCAAGAUAAUAUUGGGUUCGUCGUCCGUGGCUCGCCGGCACAUUCUGGCCAAGAUGGGAUACGACUUCACUGUCAUGACUGCAGACAUAGACGAGAAGGCUAUAAGGAAGGAGAAGCCUGAAGAGUUGGUCACGGCUUUAGCUGAGGCUAAGGCAGAAGCUAUCCUCUCCAGGCUCCAGAACGUGGAUUCUUUUGUGGAGGAUGUCCAUACAACCCUCUUAAUUACUGCUGAUACAAAUGAUCUCAUUUACGAAAACAGAAGAGAUAGGCGUUGGUUUCUUUCCUUUAUAGCAGUCUUUGCCGAGAGUUAUUUCUUACUGAUAGGCCUAAUUGAUUUGGAGGUGGUGGUACAUGAAGGGAGGAUCAGGGAAAAACCAUCCAGUAAGGACGAAGCACGGCAUUUUAUUGAAGGGUACUCUGGUGGACGUGCAGAAGUAGUAGGAUCUGUUCUCGUAACCAACCUGAAGACCGGAAGGAGGGAGGCGGGAUGGGAGCGAGCAGAGGUAUACUUUCAUGACAUACCAGCUCAGAUUGUCCAGAGUCUGAUUGAAGAGGGAAUUACACUCAAUGUUGCUGGGGGUUUGAUGCUCGAACAUCCACUCACAUCGCCUUUCGUAAAAGAAGUGAUUGGGACUGCUGAUACUGUAAUGGGACUCCCUAAAUCUCUCACAGAAAGACUCAUCCAGGAGGCCCUAACUUGUCCUUAAAGCGAGGUUAUGUGUGAACCCAGCAUAAAAACGGCUGAAAUCAGAAUCCUCUGGCACCUUGUUCGUUGCUGGAGUUGACGUUAAAUGUCGUCAUGAGCCUGAUGUAGUAACCCCACCAAGGCAUCAAACACGGGAUUGGGAUAAUUGCUGCCAUCUGAUUUCUGUUUUCGCGAGUUGCUAGCCAUGAUCAUGGUUAGAAACAGCAAAUCUUUCAGCCAGGCAGCUGUGUUGCACUUGUAUCAUUGCCAGGAAGAUGAGAAUGAUGAUUGAGCUAGAUGGUAUCAUUAUGUCUAAGAACGUGACAAGUUUUGCGCAUUCAUCACAAAAUGUUGAGAAUGAACACAUCAUAAUUUCUAGAUACUGUGUUCAGUGAGAUACAUUCUUGUUCAA